UCUGUCACAAUAGAUGGGGCGGGACUUGAAGCGAAACUCCAGGUUCCAAAAUGGCAGCGUCCAUGGAGCUAAGCUUGAACAAUUUACCCUCCGAUCCUUUGCUGUUAAUGUUAUCCUUUCUUGACUUUAGAGAUUUGAUCAGUUGCAGUUUUGUGAGUAGACGACUCAACGAGCUUUCCGGUCACAACCCAUUAUGGAAAGGCCUCUGUUUGAAACAUUGGCUCUUAACUGAGUCAGACAAAAUUCAGAAGGUUCAAACCUGGAAGGAACUUUUCCGAGAGUUCUAUACUGACUUGGGUCGUUACAUUGAUCACUAUGGCACCCUGAAGAAAGCCUGGGAUGACCUGAAGAGAUACCUUGACCAGCAGUGCCCCAGGAUGAUUGCCUCUCUCAAAGAGGGAGCAAAGGAGGAAGAGCUGGAUGGCAUUGAGGCCCAGAUUUGUUGCAAGCUUUCAAAUGACUAUCGGUGCUCAUACCGGAUACACAAUGGGCAGAAGCUGGUCGUUCCUGGGUUAAUGGGAAGUAUGGCCCUGUCUAACCACUACCGCUCAGAGGACCUGCUGGAUAUUGAAACGGCAGCAGGUGGCUUUCAGCAGCGCAAGGGCAUGAGGCAGUGUUUGCCCCUCACCUUCUGCUUCCACACAGGCCUCAGCCAAUACAUGGCCCUGGAGGGCACUGAGGGCCGCAGCCGCAGCGAGAUCUUCUACCACUGCCCGGAUCAAAUGGCACAAGAUCCAUCUGCAAUUGACAUGUUCAUCACAGGGUCCAGCUUUACUGAGUGGUUUACCUCAUACGUCCAUAAUGUGGUAACAGGAGAAUACCCCAUCAUCCGGGAUCAGAUCUUCAGGUACGUCCAUGAUAAGCAGUGUGUUGCCACCACGGGGGAUAUUACUGUUUCAGUGUCUACCUCUUUCUUACCGGAGCUUAGCUCCGUGCAUCCUCCACAUUUCUUCUUCACCUAUAGGAUCAGGAUUGAAAUGGCAAAGGAUGCCCUCCCUGAGAAUGCUUGCCAACUGGACAGUCGUUAUUGGAAGAUCACCAAUGCUAAUGGCAACGUGGAGGAGGUCCGUGGGCCAGGCGUUGUUGGAGAGUUCCCGGUGAUGACUCCGGGUAAAGUACAUGAGUACGCCAGCUGCACGACCUUCUCUACUACCUCAGAGUACAUGGAAGGCCAUUACACCUUCCACCGCCUCAAGAACAAAGAGGAGAUCUUCGACGUCUGCAUCCCCCGCUUUCACAUGGUUUGCCCUCCGUUCCGUGAGUCAAUUGUGCGGUCGCAGGGAUCGGCAAGGGAUGUUUCAAGUGCAUCUUUUAACGAAGACAACUCGUCAGACACCGAUGACCAUAAUGAGGGUGAGCUUCGAGGCAUUAAUAUGGCAGCCCCAGGGGGACGAUGCCCACGCCACAUCUGAUACACUUUUCUCACCACAGGACUCAAUUAGGAAAGGGGCUAGGAAGGACUUUCACAAUUACAUAAGAGUAAAUUUUGUUUUUGUUUGUAAAGCUGUAUUUACCAUUGGCUGAUAGUCAUUGCCCUGUGUGAACCUUUCCACCCCAGCUCGAUGAGAUACUACCACAGCCUCUGCAAUAUGCCCUCCCAUGUAAAUCCAAGAUCGCUCCAUUGUUUGUUUUCUUUUUUUUCAACAAUGGAGCGAUCUGGAACUGGACAUUGUCUAUUGAGAGCAGGGUUGUCACCUCUUUUUCAAUAGUAACAUUGUUCAUUCUCUAGCUGGCUGCCUAGUGCAUAGAGCUAAUGUGUAGAUUGGUGCUCUAUCUAAAUCCUGAGUAUUCCCUUUUUUCCUUGGCGUAUGUAGUGUGUGUGUAGUCAUAUUCCUUGUAUAAAAAGCCACAGCAUCUCUACAGGUCCACUGUGGAUGUAUUGUCAAUGCAUCAUCAAAAAUGACUUAUUUUUACAUUGCAGCUGUUUCUGCAGCAGUGUAAAACAUGUGUAACUAUGAUGAUCUUAAUCAGAGAUGUUCACUGCCAGUGGUUUUCAAACCAACAAAAAAACCAAGGAAUUAUAUGGAAACACACAACUCAUAAAAGCUGGGAUGUUUGCAUAUGCUAACAACAAUGACAAAGAGAAGCCCACAUCAAAGCUGUUGUGCUACAUUGGAUGCUGUCUGAAUAUCUAAUCGAUAUUCAGGAACAUGUUAAUGUGGGCUUGACUCUGUCAUGCAUUAUCUCUGUCAUGUAUUAAUGCAUAUCAUAUUUUAUUAAUUGCAAUGUGAUUAUGACUAUGAUCCUUUGAAAGUCUGCAGAAACAAACAACUGUUUAGUAAAGCAGCCAAUCAGUGUGCAGUUUCUCAUAGAAAUCUGAAUGUUUGAACAAUGAGCUACAGCAUCACACCCCUCUGUAUUUAUUUGGACAGUGAAGCUACAAUUAGUCAAUUUGGUUCUACUCCAGCAUUUUCUAUUUAACAUCAAGUGUUUUACAUGAGGCGACAGUACAGAAUGUCACCUUUUAUUUGAGAAUAUUUCUAUACAUAUCUGUUUUGCUGUUUACAAAUGAAUGCACUUUAUCUACAGUGCCUUCAGAAAAUAUUUCCACCCAUUUACUUUUUCCACAUUUUGUGUUACAGCCUGAAUUUUAAAAUGGAAUAAUUUGAGAUUUUGUGCCCCUGGCCUACACGUAAUACCACAAUGUCAAAGUUGAAUUAUGUUUUUAGAAAUGUUUACAAGUUAAUUAAAAAUGAAAAGCUAAAAUGUCUUGAGUCAAUAAGUAUUCAACCCCUUUGUUAUGGCAAGACUAAAUAGGUUCAGGAGUAAAUUUGUAAGUGAUAUGCUUAACAAGUCACAUAAGUUGCAUGGACUCACUCUGUGCAAUAAUAGUGUUUAACAUGAUUUUUGAAUAACUAACUCAUCUCUGUACCCCACACAUACAAUUAUUUGUAAGGUCCCUCGGUUGAGCAGUGAAAGUCACACAGAUUCAACCACAAAGACCAGGGAGGUUUUCCAAUGCCUCGCAAAGAAGGGCACCUGUUGGGUAAAACAUUUAAAAAAGCAGACGUUUAAUAUCCCUUUGAGCAUGGUCAAGUUAUUAAUUACACUUUGGAUGGUGUAUCAAUACAUCCAGUCCCUAGAAAUAUACAGGUGUCCUUCCUUACUCAGUUGCCGGAGAGGAAGGAAACCGCUCUGGGAUUACACCAUUAGGCCAAUGGUGACUUUAAAACAGUUAGAGUUUAAUGGCUGCAAUAGGAGAACACUAAGGAUGGAUCAACAAGAUAGUAUACUGAACAAAAAUAUAAACCCAACAUGCAACAAUUUAAGCAAUUGUACUGCGUUAUAGUUCUUAUAAGGAAAUCUCAUUAGGCCCUAAUCUAUGGGUUUCACAUGACUGGGCAGGGGCGCAGCAAUGGGUGGGCCUGGGAGGGCAUAAGUCCACCCACUGGGGAGCCAGGCCCAGCCAAUCAGUAUUAGUUUUUCCCCACAAAGGGGCUUUAUUACAGACCGAUCUGCGGUUGUGAGGCGGGUUGGACGUACUGCCAAAUUCUCUAAAAUUAUGGUAGAUAAAUUAUCUGGCAACAGCUCUAGUGGAUAUUUUUGCAGUUAGCAUGACAAUGUCUCGCUCCCUCAAAACUUCUGUGUUGUGUGACAAAACUGCACAUUUUAGAGUGGCCUUUUAUUGUCCCCAACA